AUGGAGGUGAUGAACAAAAUACUCUCCGAGAGCGAUGCUAAAAAUAAGCGACUCGAAUUUCCGUCUAGGAGUCUCUCGGCCUUCCCCAUGCCAGAUGGUCAGAACUCGGUCCAAUUUGUGGCAUUUGACAUGAACGAACAGCAAUGGAGUCUUAAGGUCUCCAUCCGCAAUGAAGGUAGGUAUCCGAAACCUUGGCUAAAGGGCGAAUGGCAUGACUAUGUUCAUCAGAAAGGGCUCAAGAAAGGAGAUAAAGUUAUCUUGACAAUGCAUGAGGAAGAGAAUGGCGAAAGAAUUUACCGUAUCAGAGCUGAAAGAAAGCUUUUCGGUUUCUGGUAUUCAAUUGAUGAUCAUCAGUAA